AUGACAGGAACAGACUCCAGAGGUGCUAAUGGCAACAUGGUUAGAGGUAGAGAGGCUAGAGAGCAAGGGAGAGUUGCUGGUGGUGGAUUGGGGACUCACCAAUCAGCCAAUCCUACGCUACCUACGUCUACUACACCAUCUCCAACAACCGUGGAUCCAGUGAAGGCGUUCUCUAUCGAGAAAUUCAUGGGGGAGGACUACGAGCACUGGAGCUUCCGCAUGACGAUAAUGUACACACAAUACAAGCUAUUGGAUCUGGUGGAGGGGAAGGAGAAGAUGUCGGAAGCCACGAAGCUGAAAGAAGCAUGGAUAAAGCGCUCGUUCGACGCGUACAUGCUCAUGGUGCAAGCGGUUGGCGGACGACAACUUGACCAUAUCAAAGAUCUCUUGGGUGAUCCAGAGCAUGACCCCAAGGCUUGGAGGAAGCUUCUGGAUGUGCACUCACCGACACACGCUACCGGCAUCAGCGGCUUCAAGAAGAAGUGGAAGGGCAAGAACAAGGACAACCCUAAGGAGGAUGGCGGCGGGGACCAAGGGGAGGUGUGCUUCUACUGCAAGAAGCGUGUACAUCGUUGGCGGAAGUGCUACCAACGACCCAAGGAUUGGACCCCGCCUUCAUCAAGCAACCAGCAUGGUGGCAAGAGGAGUGGGGGAGUCAUGGGAGCUAGUGGAGAGGAGAAGGAUGAGGAGAAAGGUAGCGAAUAUGAGGAGCGGAAGGCCGGGUUCUUCUUCUUCGUGAACGAAGGCGCAACCGACCCCGCCAUGGCUGCCAAGCUGCACCUUGACGACCUCCAUGGGUCAGAGCUGACCAGUGACCAUAGUGGCGGUGGUGAGCAGCAAGUUUCUGGUCCUGCUGCGGAGGAGGGGUUGGAGGAUGAGUCGACACGGGUGGACUCACAAUCUCAACCCAAGCAUGCUGCAUCAGCCAAGGUCACUAAGAAGAGUGUGCAGAAAGGAGCUUCACCACAUGGGCAGCAGACUGCAACCCGCGAGAAGAGAGUGGCAGCGGCACCUACAAGGCUGAAGUACAGCCGUUUGGGAGGACCCAAGCAAGCACUGACGUGUUUGAAGACAUGUCUCUACGGGGGAGCACAGGCAACAGCACGCGCUUACUUGGGCAUGCUCCAGGGGGGGGGAGAGGAGGAGGAGGAGGAGGAGGAGGAGGAGGAGGAGGAGGAGGAGGAGGAGGAGGAGGAAGAAGAGGAGGAGGACGAUGACGAUGAUGACAAGGGGGAGGAGGAGGAGGAGGAGGAGGAGGAGGAGGAGGAGGAGGAUGAGGAGGAGGGGGGGAGGGGAGGGAGGAGGAGGAGGAGGAGGAGGAGGAGGAGGAGGAGGAGGAGGAGUAGGUGGAGGAAGAGCUACAGGCCGACGGUGUCAGGGAGGUUGGCAUGGCAACUUGGCUGGAUAUGCUAUAUGCAGAGACCCCUUGCUACCGUAGGGCUGCGGCCCUGGCUGAUUGCCUCGGAGCUGGAAAAGACAGCCAAACACGCCUGGGGGGUGUCAGGCUUUGAAGAGCAAGAGCCCUCUUUUGUUAGUGUAGAUGAAGAAGAUGAGGGCGUGACCGAGGGAGACUAG